AUGUUCAUUACAACAGGCUCGAAAAGGUGUUGCCCGUGUUGUCCACCACCACCACCACCUCCUCCACCUGUUCAACAAGUCUCCGGACCAAUGGGACCAAUAGGACCACCAGGAUGCUCUGGACCCCCAGGAGCACCAGGAUGCCCCGGAUGGAAAGGAUGCGCAGGUCCAAUGGGUCUUCCCGGACCACCAGGCCCUGCUGGCCCAAUCGGUGCAAUCGGACCAAUGGGACCCAAAGGAUGUCCAGGAAAUCCCGGUCUUCCAGGAUGCCCUGGACUCAAGGGAUGCCCAGGAUGCGGUGGACCCCCUGGACCUCCCGGAGCCCCUGGACCUCAAGGACUUCCCGGAGCCUCUGCCCCUGCCCCAUGCCCUCCUCCACCACCCCCACCAUGCUGUCCUCCCCCAGCUUGCUGUUAGUAAAUGGUCAUACGACCUAAUAUUGGAUUUGUCUAAUCUAUGCUUUUAAUAAAUUAUACUUUUUGAAUCGAAAAUGUAUUUGUUUUAGUAACAGUAUGAGAUUGAUCUGAUACGUUGUUUAACAAUUAACAAUUAUUGGACGAGAGACACUGAUAAAUCACGAUAUUUUGCGAUAGCCGAGUUCAACUAUUGUUUUAUCAUUCGAUCACCAUAUUUGCUUUUUAAUGAUGAAUAUAUUCGGGAGGCGAAGCGAUCUGCCAUUUUCACGCAAGCCGGCGAUCGAAAGAAGGACAGAAGCGUGGUUUCGCAGAGUACUAUUUGCAGCCGAACACAGUUGGACGACAUUGUGCAUGAGCAGACCAAUAUCUGUUGGCAGUUAUUUGCAGGUCACGUGGUGGGCUUUCGGCCGAUGAAAAGGAAGAAGAAAUUGCUUCGAAUGAAAAUAAUUAUCAUUAAUGUUAAUUGGAAGCAAUCAACAAAAUACCCUUUAAAACUCAAAGUUUAAAUAUCCACCUCCGCAAACAACUUAUGAGCUUGCAAUUUCUACGGACAGAUUAAACGAAUUUAAACACCAUAUAGAACGACCACACCUCACCCCCCAACCCCCAACCCCUAAUCCUCAUCCAAAGGAAAAAACUUACAUGGGUUGAAAUAAAUCCCUUACCUAAGAGGCUUUUAGAUCGGUUUUGUGGUUGCUUCUCUCGUCUUUUGGUUUGAGUUAGAUGCGAGCAAGGUAGUUCAUUUGCUUCCGACUACAAAGUCGUUGUCGAUAUCGAAAAAGUUAACUUUGUUUUCAUCUUUUCCUCGCCAAUGAUGAAUUGCAUUUUUUUUAUUGUUAUCACAGAUCAAACUCAGAUUCUUCGGAAAAUUAUCAAAAAUUGCAUGUGUUUUAAUAGAGUUCAGUUGAAAAACAUGAAGUCCCUGAAAAGAUUCGAUUUCCUCUGUCUUCUGCGUCCCGUCCUUGAUCCUCUCCGAAGAGAGGGAAGGAUGAGUGCGGGCUCAUUUUCUCAAACCGCGACUGUUAAUGGAGCCUACCACCUGAAGUAAACGUGAUUAGUGACGACGACUCUAUCUUUUUCGGAUUUAGUACAUAAAUUGCAAUUUCUGACUUUCAACUUGAAAAUGAUAACGCUUUCGUCCCAUAAUUUUUUUUUUGCGACAUUCUAGAUGCAAUACAUGUUUUCGAUCAGUUUAGAAUUACAAAACACCCCAUCACGAAAAGGUUAUUUUUUAUCCAUGGAUUCCGUAAAACACCAGUCAUGUUUAUGCACAAAAAAGAUCAACAGAUAGCGUAAGAUUUUUCUAGACAGGUUGAAGCAUCUGCGGCAGCUCAAUAAAGUUAGUUCAGGUUUCCACUCCUGCAGUCCUCCAAGAAAGGUAUAGCUUAGUUUCCUUUUACCCCUUCCUUUUAUCGUCGUUUGAAGCCUUUCACAGUUGGAUGUGCUUUCAAAACUUGUGUUUUUUCAGAUUAAAAUGGAUGUCAAAAUAGUAAUAACAGUGGUGUUGUUAACUGCAAUUUAUGUGACCAAUGCGAAACCUAUGGAUGCUUUCCGUAAGUUAAUUUAAAUUUUUCUAUUCACAUUAAACGGUUAGUUUUUCUUCCUUUCUUUGCUCUUUUGAUAUUCCAAUAGACUUGUACUUUUUAGAGAAUAUAACAUUACUAGUCAAUAGAUAAAUAACUAUGAAAGCUUUUGGAAUUGAAUACAACCCAGUAAUAGAGCUGAUUUAUUUUAUCAUUGUAUUGGUUUGAUGUCUUCGUCCACUUACCUUUUGUUCAAUAUACAAGACUUUCAUUGGGAACCAAACAGGCUAAUUCACAAACUCUAUAUUGACAACUAUUUUCCGUUAAUACCCUCAUCAAGUAGAGAAGCUCGAACAAAAGCAGUUUAUAACAUGUAUUAAUUCCUCUCGCACGUCUUUAAAAUAUACCUAUAUCACUUCAAUCGCUUUUCUUGGCAUCAAUAUUUCAACCAGCGACAACGACCUAUGUAACAGUGUACACUACAGUCCUUCAGAUCCUCACAACAACCUCUAACAUUCAUUGCCUCAUCCACCAUACUUCCAAAAAUUCACUCCAUAUUUUAAGGAAACUACUAUUUCUAACGCUGUCGCUCAAAGGAACACACUCCCAGACACGUUGACAAUGACACUUAUUUAACAUGCAAGAUACACUGAUAGAUCAAAGCAUUUAACAAAUUUGUGUAUUUUGCCUUUUUAGUUAACAGAGUCUUGAGAAGCAAUCCACUGCCUUGUUCGAAGGAAUGUUGCGAGAAGUGCUGUACUAACGUCUGCAACAGAGGCUGCAUCUUUACUUGCUGUGCAUCUCGCAAUCUAGGCCCGUAUCCACCUCCUCCUCCCCCACCACCUCCGUAUCCUCCCCCGACCGCAAGAAUAAUUCCAGGCGCUUUAGGAGCCCCAGGUUUAUGCGGAUUACCAGGACCUCAAGGACCAAAAGGAUGUCCCGGUUGUCUUGGUCCACCCGGACCACCCGGACCCCCAGGACCCCCUGGUCGUUAAGUCCCCCUGCUACCCUGGACAUCCUGAUGUCUCAAGGACAAAACUUUUUUUCAUGUCCUCGUUUUGAGUAACUUACUUUGUUUUCUGUACAGAACAUUUCUAGAGUUCUUUUUUCAUCCCGUGUACAAUAACAUGAAUAAAAGCAGUUUUCAGCUAUGCUCGAAAUUUCUACAAUUUUAAAGUUCGACAAGUCAACACCUCCUGGGUGUAUUGGGAACUCGUAAUUGCCUACUUAUGAGUUUGAGAACAGAGCAUUGAUAAUAGACCUGCUACCCGGUGAGUAUUUCAUGUAAAAUGCCACGAUAUGUCCCGGUCAAACCGUCAGUAUAUCAUCAUCAUCAUCAUCAUCACUUUUUUUAUACACGGUAAAACAUCAGGCAAAUAUACAAUAUCCUAAAAAAAGUUACAAACUAUUGAAUUAACAGUAAAAGCACUUACAAGAUGAAUGUAUAAGAUAUAACACUCAUUUCGUCCGUUGGCAUAUACGAUACAAUAUUACUCUGAUUUAGUAACAGAACGGGAACGUCAUUGACGACGGGAAAGCGCACGGAAAGGACUAAACUCGACGUCCAGUGCCCAACUUGCCGCGCAGCCAUUGCUCAAGCCAGUGGUUUGAUUUGCGCGCGCCGUCGUCAACUGACAUUCCUGUUCUGUUGCUAAAUCAGCCUAAUAUUUCUUCGGUGAAUCAGAAUUUAGCUCAGCUUUGCACCUAGCUCCUCUCAACAAUAAACAGAGUAGUAAACUGAACACCCGUUCAACCACCCAAUAUUAGUUGUAAACGGACUGUAUUCUCCGCUAAGGGCUCUAUGAAGGCACCAAAAACGUUCUCCCGGUAAUUGCCGUCAAGGUGCGCAUUUAUAGUUGGAUUUUAGUAGCUGGUUGCUUAGUCCUGACAGAAGGGAGUUCAAACUAAGGCGUUUUUGAGCAAAGCACGUCAAUUGGAAGUGAACCCUUUUCCUUUUCAAUAUGCCUUGAAGGUACCAAAUUUAUAUUGAUAAUUUUUUUUUACUCAUAUAGUAACGAUUUGCCCGAACAUUUCAACACAACUACUGCCAAAGAAUGCAAAAUGUCCACUUCCGGUUGGCGUGCGUCUCUCAAAAAAGCCUUCAUUUAAGCUUCCUAGGAACUUAGGUUGUGAACGGCGCCUACUUGCAAACAUCUCAACCAAUCAAAAAAACGUCUAGUGGCAUACAUCCACGGAGAGUGAUAAGCAGCUAGUCGGGACGGAACAAUUACGUGCGAAUUUAUUGCAAUAAAAUGAUAACAAAAAGAAACGAGAGAAUACCUAGGGAACUACAAUAACAGAGCCAUUAUCCUGAUAAACUGCAACUGCGAUUCUAGGAAGUGGCAUCAGGCUAAUAAAGAGUGUCUAAGCCUCAGAACGGCGACGUCCUGCUCACGAAAAAAUAUAUCAUGCCGGUUUCACAUCCAACAGGCAUAGAAAUCAAUCACUAUAAGAUCAAUGUUUGAUUACGCUAUCAAGGGCGGGGUCUCUAGAUAGUACUUCACGUUUGAAGUUGCAUUGUUGCUUGAAGGACAUGAAAGAUGGAUUUAACGGUAAAAUACGUGCAUGCCCAAGAACGUGUUUUUAGCUGGCGUGCUGAAUUUCAGAUGUGAAGGAUAUGUGUUAAGGGUAAACUACGCGCAUGCGCGAGCCAGUAUCUUCACUAGGGUGCUAAAUUUUACAUCUGAUUUUCAGUUAACUUAAAGUCAUAAAUCUUUACUUCUCAUGGUUUGUUUGCAUGGUUACGUGUUCAUACGUCAAGAAGAAAUUUUUCGCUAGACAUUCAGUCCUAGGUUCUCAUUAGUUAUCAGAAAAUACGAUUCCACUCACUUUACGACACUUGAACCGUGGAUUUUGUUAGUGAUUGCUGUUAACCGCUGAUUAAAGACAGUGGCGGAUCCAGGGGAGGCCCUCCCCUAUUUUUAGACCAAACUGAGACCCGAUGGGCCGAAAAAAUGUUUUUUGGAGACCGCCCCUCCCCCCUCUCCCCUUAUCUAAGGGUCUGGAUGACCGCGCCCCCUCCCUUAUCUCAAGGUCUGGAUCCGACACUGAAAGAGAUCAAGUUGUUUAUAAUUGUUAACCGAGCGAGCUGUUUAUAACUUCACCUUUCGAAACCUGCUUCAUAUGAACGUAAACAAAAACGUAAGCAUCAAAAAAUUCACUUACCACAGAUCACUCGAGUUUGACAAAAAGGAUUUCUAAAGGACGUUUUCUACAGGGUAGGUAAUAAAUUUAUGUCUUAAAACUAGAACACUUACAAAAGGUAAAAUAAUUCUACGAAAAUUAAUGGCUAUUUAAAUCUUCAAAUAAUCUCUUAGUACUGAAAUUGCAGUCUUAAUCUUUGUAAAGCGGAAUGCAAAACAAUGUCUUCUAACCUGAUAACCUAAUACUGAUAAAUUCUGCGUAAAUGAGAAAAACAAGAUAAACCUUUUCAGAUACAGUAGGAUGACUAGUUUUCUGGCAAUUGUAGUUCAACGUUUAACAUAAGAAAUAACCACAGUGAAAUCAUUUUUCCUAAUUUCCUUCUGUGGACAUUCUCUUUCAUGGCAAGAUCUUGCGCGCUUUUAACCACCAAAAUAACAUAGUUUAAAAAGUUGAAAUUGAGGAGAACAGAAGCUACUUAAUUUGUAUUUUUCGAAAAGAGAGACUAUGCUUGUAAACAAACCAAGAGUUUGACUAGAAAGAUCGAUGUAAAGCAUUACCUUUGGAUUCUUUUUUUCAGGAAAUAUCAUGGAAAAACUACUGGCUGUUUUAUUCACUCUGGCUUUUGCAAUCAGUGCCUCUUCACUGCACGGUAAAUUAAAAGAUUGUAGAACGUUUUUAGGCUGAGAUGGGGACCAAAACGAGGCCCUAGAAAUGACAGCGCUGAAAUUAUUUCCAUCAUUUCUCUGUUGUUGAGAAGGCAAAAUUAAAAGUGGACGAAAGUUAGAAAUAUAUCCAAAGAAUUAUCUACCAUCCCAUUCCAUAUUCAAUAAGCCAAAAAAAAAACAACAGCAUCAGCAACAAAAACAAAGCAACAAAUAUUUAUAACAUUUCCUCAUCUCAACGUGUAAGUGCAACCUCUCGGGCAUGGUAUAUUUGCUCUCAUCUGAUCUUACAGAUGGCUGGCCGAGCAUGCGCGCAAGAUAGAGCGACUCCAGUGUUCUCAGGCCUGUAACUCGGGCUUGUCGGCUUUUUACAUACAAGUAAAAAUUUCCGUGUACGCCAUAUGAUAAUGAGUUUUUAUUGACCAGAUUGCUCCGUAAUGAAGUGGUAAAAAACGGAUAUAUAUACUCCAUAGGUGCUAUAGUUCCUGAUAAACAACUACAAGUCUGAAGAAAUAAUUCGCGCAGACUGAAUUUCGGGAGUGAAUAGGAAGAAAAUUUAAGCGUAAACAAAGCCAUUCUGCAGAAAUGAUUAAAACGAGUCACAAUUGACAUAACACUUAAUCCACUUAGGCAAUGCAUGCCAGCAAGAGAAGAAUAACGACGGUUGUCAUUGUCCCGUUUUUAUGCAAAUCAGUAAUAACAUGCGUUUAUUUAGGAAGUCAUCACUAUUACUACUAAAAUAAAUAAACUGCUAUUUUCUUGAACCUUUUUUUUUUUUUAACAGUGAAACGCGACGCCUUUCCCUGCGGAACAAGCUGCAACCCCGUAUGUUCCCCAGCAUGUACGGCCACCUGUUGUGGCAGUCCACCGCCGGCCCCGCCAAAUCCGCCAAUCCCCGCUGUUUCGCCUAUGCCAAAACCUGCCCCAUCUCCCAUCUACGGACUCCCUGGUCAUCCCGGAAACCAAGGACCACCAGGAGUAAUGGGACCAGUAGGAUGCCAAGGGGCUCCGGGUCUUCCAGGACCCCCAGGACCACCCGGACCACCAGGACCCUGUAUAAAAAGUUAACGUGAACACACAUUUUCUGCAUCAAAUUCAGCGUAAAAGUCUUUGUCGUGGUUCAUAAACAGAGGCAUUUGCAAACAACAAGAAAUGCAAUUAUUCUGACAAUUGUUUGUUUUAUUUAAAGACGCUUUUGAUUUUUUUUUCAAAUUUCGCAGCCAGUUACUGUAACUGUUUUAAUGAUACUAAGAAGAAUGAUGAUAAUAACAAUUUCAAGUGUUGCUUUUAAUCUGUUUGAUAUAUUUGCCUAAUAUGUUUAACAAAUACAUCACAUAUCGUUGAAAUUCUUGUAUGACUUGCACCAAGGGAAGAUAGAAAAAGCUGAAAAAUUAUACUGCCUGCUUAAUCCACAAAAAUUAUUUUCGUCUGCCGGACACCCUUACAUAAAUGCGGAAUAAAAUAGCAAGUAAAUGGAACAACCUACUCUAACAUGUACCUAUUUAUUUACAGGUAACUUGUAUAAGUGUUUCUCUUGACUGAGAUUCUCAGCUGUCGGUUUUGUCACAGAAUAGUUGUAAAACUGCACUUUGCUUUUACAAUUCCGUGCAAGCAAAAACCAGCAGCGACCUAUUCGAUCGCAUUUUGCCGCUUCCUUAGCUAGUCAAUAUUUACAUCAUCGUCUAGCUAAUUAGUUCAUCGUUAAAUUUCAAAAGCCUAUUGUCAUUGAGCAAAGUAUUUUCUUGGUUUAAAUUUACAAGGCUCGAUGAAAAAACGCCCGGUAAAGGACUGCUUCGAGCCAUAAGGCCCACAUGACCGGAACUAAUUUCCCAGUUUCAGUAACAUGAGGCACCAAUGGGUUUUUCUACUGCCCCUAGACGAGAUGCUAUAACGUAACCCUGGCAGAAUGCUGGUCCCCACUUUAUGGGUGAAGGGAGAGAAAUUGUAGCAUAAUUUUCAAUCCGUGGAAUGCCGCGGCUCGUUAGGGGGUGGGGCGAAGGGACGGAUAAAAUUUCAGACUACUACAGAUCCGAAGUCCGAAGUGGGAAUGGUAACGAUCCCAAAUUUUACUUUUGAAAAAACUGGCCCUCUCUAAUAUCUUGUAGUGUCGCAUUCUCAUAAGCGGCGCAAAAAUGGUAUUGUAUAGCGAGCAACUAUCAAUAAACAAAAAGGCCGAGUUUCUCAGGCCUGAUGCGCUGAACAAAAUGUGCAGACGAAACGAAGACACCGCGCCUAUAACGAACAUUGAAGACAAUGAGUCCUCUCGUUGCUUAUACUCUGCCAAUGUAGACUUCACAGACACGAGCCAUGCAGUAUGAACAAACGAUUGAGGAUGAGUUUCUCAGUCAUCUGAUGCAGAUUCUAUCCUACUAACAUCAACUGUAUCUUGUCGGUACGACGCAUGGUUUAAACAGUUGAAAUCCGAAUCCAUUACCUACGGAACACAGCAAAAGACGCAGUCCCUUUAGAUGUGAGCAAAGAAAGCUUCGCAACACACUCGAAAGGAUGUAAGAGCGAAGGCUGACCGACGAGACAAGUCUCCCACUAAACCCUCAAUCGCUUAACAAAGAUUGCCUGAGAUUGGGCUGUUAUCGUACAAGGUAACAUCACCGCGCCCUCAGCCUCUUCAUUGUUUUGCCAAAUGACAAAAAUAGACAAGAGAAUUUAAAUAAGAUAAUAUGAUGUGCUUCGCACCCUUUUGAGCGGAGUGUCGAGUAAAAGGCCAGAUGGUGUUCUACUACACAUGAGCAACCAAGCAGGACGUCGGUAAACGUAAGCUCUUAAAUAUGUCAUGCAUCACGUGUUUUUGUGAGUGAUUUAGUCAUAGUGAGCGAUAAACUCACCGAUCACAAACUACGAAGCAGUUUUUUUGAAGAAAAGAUUAUACGACGUAAGUAUGUUUAAAAUUUCCAAAGAAAACGUUUCUAAAGACAGCAUGUUACAACCGCCGUCUUACUAGUGACAGUAUUGGUGUUUUUAAGAGACAAUCAAAAUGUCUGAAAAGAUUAAUAAUUUUUGGCCUCUUUUGAGACAUUAUUGAUUGCGAGUUAACAAAACGAAACGCACGCAUGCUGUAAACGCUUUAGCUUAAAACACAACGGGUUCAUAAAAAGUAUUCCUUAUAUCUUCUUUUCUUCAGGGUUGUCAUGGAUCUCCGCUUCCUGUUACUGAUCACACUUGGGUUGCUUUGCUCCGCGGGCGCGUUCAACAGUAAGUAGUCGACAGGUCUUUCUUUAGUGUCACGUUUUUUUUUUAUGAAAAACGAUUUAUCGCAUGAUUUGCUUCUAGCCGUGCAGUAAUGUAUGUCCUAAGGUGUCUGGGUCUUAAACAGCUGAGAAAAGAGCAAAAACUUCACUAACAUAGUCCGAAUAAUAUAUUAUAACAGUACUAGACUUUUGGAAGCAAAAGAACUGUGAAAAGACAGGAAAAUCUUAGAGGAUUUAUUUACAAGUGUUUAUAUCCACACGGAAAUAAUUAUUGUAAAUGGAUAUUUUGUAAACAGUCUCUAGAGCUGCAUAACAGUCGCAAAGAAAUAUCAUUAUCACCUUAUUUGUUGCAGCCAAAAGGCAACUGGGAGCAGCGGGAGCAAUGGGACCAAUGGGACCACCGGGGAUAUUAGGAGCAAGGGGCCCUAUGGGUGAUCCCGGACCGCCAGGACCCCCUGGAGCUCCCGGACCUCCUGGACAACCCGCCCCACCCGGCCCACCAAACGGCUGCUGUCCCGUUUAUGGGAAAAAGUGA